AUGGAAAAGAACAUCUGGUAUCGGCAAAGAAGGAGAAAAGAAGUCGUCCACGACGACUGCGUACUCGAGGACUCCUUGUCUCAAGUUGAAAGGCGCAUCGAUUACGAGCAUGUGCUGAGCGUGCCUCGAAGCCGCGCAAACUUGGAUCGAAUUUCAAAGACCAUCAAGGAAUUGUUGAAAAGAAGAAGGGCUUUGGGGUUUGAUCCGAAUGCAUCGCACACUGAGCGGCAGAAGAAGAUUCUGGAAGAAGCACAAAGAAGAACGAGUCUGAAGAAGUGCCGCAUGGAUGUCCGCGAAUAUAAUAUUCCGCCAGCAGCCUUUCCGAGCGAAGACGGGAUUCGCACGUCUUCUCGUCGUGAGAUGGAAAUCAUUACAGAGAGGUUCUACUCGAACCUUUUCCGUUCAUCAACUCCUGUGUCAAACCCGAUCAUCCCCACUGGUGAAGUUCCACCACGGAUUCUCCCUUCGGAAGUACGAAUCGCUAUCAAGAGCAUGAAAUCAUGUCCGUAG